AUGACGGCUCUAUUGGAGCUAAUGCCCAACAUUGGCGGCCCCCGGGAGGGAAUAAAGCACCUACUGAUGAGCGUCGUACAUUCAGUAAUGUUAAACAGCGCUCCGACGUGGGCUCCUACCCUCAUGUAUAACCGUCGGGGCGUCAACGUUCUGAACGCCAUUCAGCGUAGAGUCGGCAUUGGCAGGGUGUGUGCGUACCGGUCCGUGUCCUACGAAGCCGUGAAGGUCGUCGCCGGUUUCAUACCCAUCGACCUGAUGGCCUUAGAACGAUUCACGUCGUUCGAGGCCAGAAGGGCGGCCAUGAAAACGGGAACACACAACGGGUGGUCCCUUCCACCGGGCGACCCAGAGCCGCUAUCCUACCCCCAGAUACUGAGGGCCUGA